UAUCACAAAUUGAUGGGCUGGGCUAGGCUUUUUAUGCUUUUACUCGUGGUAUCUGCAGCUUGCAUCUCGCGGAGAGUCUGACACAGGCUAGCUACAGUAGUAGAUAGCAUGCAGGAGUCGAUACAUGCCCAUAGUUGUGACUUCUAGUGCCUUCAAGAUAUACGGAGCAGUCGAGACGUUCUUCCUUGCAGAGGACUUCAUACUAUCUUGCUUCCCUGUGGAAUGUGGGGACAAUCCACUCUUAGCUUUAUCAGUGCUGCUGAAUGUCCCUUUUUGGGGGGAGAUUCAUGACCCAAAGUAUUUAUUGGAGAGCUGUGCCAGGACUGUAACCGCCCAAUUGAGAGAGCACCUGGCAGCGCAAGGAUGAAAUAAUAAUGACUGUGGAAUCAAGAUAAUUAUAAUUCUGUAGCAAAUCUUCUAGUGUUUUUUUG